AGCCACAAAACCUGGAGACUUAAGACAGACAAAGCUGAUUAAGCAAGAGAGAAUGAGAUGCCGGUUUUGGUGGGAGAGGAGGAGGGACCGUCAACUGCCCUCCCACUGAGCCAGCUGCAAUUUGAAGGCAACGUCAGAACUGAGCGAGAGAAAGAAGAAGGGAGAGAAAGAGAAAAAAAAAUGGGAGGGAGGGCAGGAUCUAACUUGGAUGUUUGAGAUUUGAGAACUGGGAUUGCUGGAUACCGUAGAAAGAGGUUGCAGUUGGAGCCUAUUUUAGUGCAGUCAUCUCCGAGACACAAGAUGGCUGAGAGAGAGAGAGAGAGACUGGCCCAAAGUCUCCCAGCCUAAACUCUGUGUUUAACCACGGCACCAGACUGGCUCUCUGCAAUAAACUGGGCUGCAAAACACUCUAUGGUAAAAGAGAGUGAAUUUCCCACACAUUAUCAAAAUUUUGGCAGCUUGAAUGAGCAUAAUGGAAUCCUCAACUACAUCCACUCCUGGAAGUAAUGGCAGUGGUGAGGCAGCAUUGAUCCGGAAGCAGAAACUGGAAUUCCAGCGCCGUAUUAUUGAAAAGAAGCAACGCCGAAAGCGCCAGGAGCCACUUAUGGUUCAGGCCAAUACAGACACCAAGGUGAAGGGGUGCCGGGGGAGGCAAAAAGCCGAGGAACGCAUCCCACUCAUGGAAUCUUGCAGUGAACACAGCCUGGGGAAUAGUACAAACAACCCUUUUCUUGUGGAGUCUGUUCCAGAGGCUCACCUUGGUGUCCAUAUGUGGGGUAGCUCUAUCCAGAUGAGCCGGUCACACAGUGGCCAAGGGGAAAGCCAAGCAACUGGACCAGAUUUUUCUGAUGAGGCAGAGCUGGAGGUGGCCAUUUUGGAAGAAACCCAGCCUAUCAACAAGAAUGAAUCCAUUCCCAAGAAUGGCUGGCAGGUCAAACAAAAAGAAGGACGACCAAAUACUCAACGGCAUGGCCAGACUGCCAGAACAAAGAGAGAAAGUUUCUCCCCAAGAUAUGACAUUCCAUCUCCCAUGGUGGGUAUGGAAGAUGAGGCUCCUGAGCAUGUGUUCCAGGCAACCAGAUCAAAAAAGGAAAGGUUAACCCCAGUACAGAAGGUUCCAUCAGUUGUCAUGGAUAUGGAAGUUUUGAAGAAUGAUCUUCCCAAAGAAGACUCAAAGUCUACAGAGUCCAAAAGAGCCAUUGGAGACAUGUAUAACAUCACUGUGCUCCAAAGCAACUCUGAAAGUGACGGGGAAUACUCCCAGGAGCUGACUGUACCCCCUUCACCUAUGAAAAAGCCCCAUGACUGGAUGCUGAGGCACAGAGGGUCUCUCACUAACGGAAGGAGGAGUCAGAGUGAGGAAGAGGAAGAAGAAGAUGAUGAUGAUGAUGAAGACUUCAAAGAUGACGAUCAAGACAUUCUCAGGAGUGUCAUGUACAUUCAAGAAGAAAUUGACUUAUCUGCGUCCCCAAACGAGGAAACAAGCACUCCCUUGUCUCUCAAAGCGGAUGACAUUGAAGCAUUUGUUUUGCAACCUGCCCCUCAGAGCCACACAAUUCAGUGUCGCAUCACACGAGACCGGAAAGGGAUGGACAAGGGCAUCUUCCCCUUCUACUACUUACACCUUGAGAUGGAAAACGGGAAAAAGCGGUUUCUCAUGUCUGGGAGGAAGAGGAAAAAAAGCAAGACUUCAAAUUACCUUAUUUCCUUAGAUCCGAUUGAUCUGUCACGAGGUGGAGAAAACUUCAUUGGAAAAGUCAGAUCUAACAUGCUUGGGACCAAGUUCACUGUAUUUGACAAUGGAAUCAAUCCAGAAAAGAAACCUUUUGUUCCAGAAACUGCCCACCUACGGCAGGAGUUAGUUGCCAUUUGCUAUGAGACCAAUGUUUUGGGUUUCAGAGGUCCACGGAAAAUGACAGUGAUAAUUCCUGGAAUGAAUUCAGAGAAUGAGAGGAUCUGCAUCCAACCUAAAAAUGAACAUGAAACCUUACUGUUGAGAUACCAGAACCGGAAUAUGCAAAAUCUGAUCAAACUCCAGAACAAGGUGCCUGCUUGGAACGAGGAGACCCAGUCCUACGUACUCAACUUCCAUGGGCGGGUCACACAGGCUUCCGUCAAGAACUUCCAAAUCAUCUCAGAAGACGAUCCUGACUACAUCGUGCUACAGUUUGGCCGGGUGGCCUCUGAUGUCUUCACCAUGGAUUACCGAUUCCCUCUCUGUGCACUUCAGGCUUUUGCCAUUUGUCUGUCCAGUUUUGACGGGAAGCUUGCCUGCGAGUAGAAAAGGCCAGCUCAGCCAGAUUUUUUACGCCCAAAUCCUGUGGCUUUGCUCCAGAUGGCUUCCUGCUGCUUCGUAAAAUCAGACACAGUUCCUUACAUUGCCAUAUUGCCCAUCUUUGUCUUCCCGGUUUUUUUGUUAGGCUGGAUUUCCACGUGAUCUGUUACUAUCAAACUGGCACAUAUUUUCCCAUGGCUCUUCCUCCUCUCCAUUCCAACUAACUUUCCCUGCCAAACUUUCGUCAUCAUUCCUAAAACCUUUGAUUUCUCUUCCCUUUUCAGUUUUGAUUUUUCAUUUGCUUGGACUUUCCAUUCUAGCCAGCCUGUUUCCUCUUACGCCACAUCAUCUUUGAACAUUGAUACUCUUGUUCAGACUUGUCCUGCCCUCUCUUGCCCUCUCUUCCUCCUACAAAACAAAUUCAGGAACACCAAAAAAAAACCAACCAUCUUGCAAGAUGUGGAAGAUAGCUCCAUUAUUGAACAAACACCCAUUGAUAAACAGCCAAUUCUGCCAGCUAAAUUGUUUCAGAUCAAAGGGAAGGGCAGCCAAACGAAUGGGAAGGAGCAGCUUUAUUGAAACAGUGGACUGAAGCUGCCACCCCAAACAUCUUCCCUUCUUUAUCAAAUUGCAAAUAAAACUUACUCAGAGACCAAACUCCCUGUUCACUUCUUUCUGGGAAGGGGUAGAAUUAUUCCCAGGAUCACGUCUGAAAACUGCACAUUAAAUGAAAUGGGAACUAUUCAAAAUUGCCUCUAGGUUUUUAGGACUCACAAUUAGACUGAAAGAAUUAGCUGGAGUUUCAUCAGUACAAAUGUGCCCCAUUGUUUUCAGUGAAACAUGAAGCUGGAUUUUGAAUUGUGCUGCAUUUUCUGGAGCUUGCUUGCUUAUUUAUUUAUCUGAUUUUUAAUCCUGCCUUUAUUACUUGUAAGUAACUCAAGGCAGCAAAUAUAUCUAAAAUCCCUUCUUCUAUUUUCUCCAUAACAACAAUUCUGUGAGGUGGGUUGGGCUGAAAGAGAGUGAUUGGCUCAAAGUCAUCCAGCUGGCUUUCAUGCCUAAGGCAGGACUAGAACUCACCAUCUCCUAGUUUCUAGAUCAGCACCUUAACUCAUAGACCAAAGUGGCUUUCUAACUUCCUCCCAUAUGUGUAACCACAGCACACUAUUGGCCCUCCUGAGAAAACUAAGAAUGAUGGUUGGAUGCAACCAGCAAUUGGUUUAGACAUGUUUCUAGUUGUCAAGAAAAAUGUUGAAGCAGGAUGAGAGAGGCUGAAUGCUUAAAAGAGACCCAUUGCGUUAAUGGCUACCUUGUCCUAUUGAUGUCAAUAAUCUUUUAAGCAGGGGUCUUUGAACUUGGCCGUUUUAUGAUUUGUGGACUUCAACUCCCAGAAUUCCUCAGCCAGGCACGCUGGCUGUGGAAUUUUGGGAGUUGAAGUCCACAAAUCAUAAAAGGGCCAAGUUUGAAGAGCCCUGCUUUUAAUGCAUGAUAGGCCUGGCUGAUGCAUGACAUUAAACCUUAAGAAGGCUGAUUUGAUUUUUGACUUAGUGUGGUUGUCUGAAAUCAGCCACUGGGAGCUACAAUUUAUGAUAGCUGGAUAUGUGAACCAGAGCAGUUGUGAUUUCUGAAACUAUAGUGUGAAUCCAACCAUUGUUUGAAAAAAUUACUUUAGAGCUUAAUGUUCUAUAGAUUGCUCCCCACAAACUUGAUUCACACAACACACAAAGCCAUUUUGUGCUUUGUUUAGCUUUGACUUAACAGGUGGUAUGAAACCAGACAUUCAGGAGUUACUGUUUUGUUUUAUGUCUCAGCAAAUAUAGCCAAUUGUGUUUUUGUAUAGAAAUUAUUGUUAAAUUAUAGCUGAACUCGAUUUGUGAAUUAGGUCACUGAAUCUGGAUUACAUUCAAUAACUGAAGAACUGUAUAUAUUUAUUUCUUGCUUUUUGCUGAUUUUGAGCCUAGUGAGCUUUACUGAUUUAACUUUGUUGCUUUGACAAUAGGAACUGUUACUGAAUAAACUUGCUUAUGACCCUAGAAAUACAUGUACACUUCCAGACAGAAACAUUUUUUCCUCAGGCUUGUUGCAUUUAUGAAAAAAACAACAUAGUGACACAGUGGGUUUAUAUUAAAGACUCCUGCCAGAAAAA